AUGGGAGCAAGAUUAUCCCUCAAUGAAACUGACCACGUUGUCAUUGUCGGUGGUGGUUUUGGAGGGGUUGCUGCAGCAAAGGAAUUAUCAUACUACAGGAUACCUUACACGUUGAUUGACAUAAAGUAUGCCUUCCAUCAUAACAUGGGAGCUCUUAGAGCAUCAGUACAGAAAGGAUUCGCUGCAAAAACAUUCAUACCAUAUCUUCCAACAUUCAAAGACAACUUCAAACAAGGAAAAGUCAAUGAUAUUGAUUUUGAACAACAGAAUGUUAUUUUGGAGAGUGAGGAGGUCAUACAUUACACUUAUCUUAUUCUGGCAACUGGUAGCACAGGCCCAUUUCCUGGAAAAUUAAUUGAGCCGGUUAGUAGGGAGACUGCCGUCCAGAUGUAUGAAGAUUUAGUAAAAGAGAUACAGAAAGCUGCAAGUAUUGUGGUAGUUGGAGGUGGACUUGCUGGUGUUGAGUUGACUGCAGAAAUCAGAACAGACUAUCCUGAUAAGGAGGUAACCUUAAUUCAUUCAACUUAUGUUCUAGGCGAUUCUGAGGUUUUACCGAGUGUAAGACGUGGAGUCAAGGAAAUUCUUGUCAAUAAAGGUGCUCACCUUCUAUUAGGGCAGAAAGUCAAUAACCUGUCUGAACUAACUGUGAACAAGGUACAGAAAGACAUUAAAGUGCUGACUAAUAAGGGUGAAGAAAUUAUAACAGAUAUGGUCAUCUGUUGCACAGGGAUAAGGAUUAAUUCCUCCUCAUAUACCAAUGCCCUCAAAGAUAAACUCAAUGAAAAUGAUGCAAUAAUGGUUGAUGAAAAUCUGAAUGUGAAGGGAAUGAAGAAUGUUUUUGCAAUAGGGGACUGUGCAAAUGUGAACGAGCAUAAAUCUGCCUACACUGCUGAAUUCCAAGCACUUGCGUGUGUGAAAAAUAUUGUUCAUAACCUUAAACGUGAACCUAUGGAACCAUACAAGCCAGGUGCUCCUUAUAUGUUAGUGACAAUGGGCCGGAACGAUGGCGUUGGACAAAUGUGUGGCUGCAAUGUUGGGAGAUUAAUCGUAACUUAUGUCAAAAGCAAGGACUUACUGGUUAAGACAAGCUGGAAGAAAAUGGGCCAACGGAUGCCACACUGA